ACGCCAACUUCCUGCUCCGGUUCCUGCGCGUCAAGAAGUUCUCGCUGCCCAUGGCGCAGCAGACCCUGCUCAAGUACCUCAACAUGCGGCAGACCUUCUCGCACCUGCUGUUCGACCUGGACGCGAGCCAGUCCAAGGUGGAGGAGCUCAUCGACAGCGGCUACAUCUUCGCGUCGCCCGUCCGCGACGCCCACGGCAGGAGGGUCAUCAUCGGCAUCGGCAAGCGGAUGGACCCGAGCCGCUUCACCAACAUCGACAUGGCCAAGGCCCACUGCAUCACCUACGAGACCCUGCUCGACGACGAGGAGAACCAGGUCAUGGGCUUCACCCACUUCGCCGACCUCGAGGGGCUGUCGCCGUCCUGCGUCACCCUCUGGUCGCCCACCGAGUUCACGCACUGCCUGCGCUGGGGCGAGCAAUCCAUGCCCAUGCGGCACAAGCAGAUCCACUUCCUCAACCUGCCCGCGCCCCUCAAGUACCUGUACGACUUCUGCCGCAGUCGGUUUAGCCAGAAGAUGCGCACCCGGUUCCUGAUCCACGACAGCGUGGAUGACCUCCGCAAGCACGUGGACAAGAAGUGCCUGCCCAGGGAGUACGGCGGCGACAUGCCCAUGGCGCAGAUGAUCGACCUCUGGAAGGAGGAGAUCGCCUCGAAGCAGAAGAUGCUCAUGCGCCUGGACGAGAUGAAGCUCGUGAGCGACCAGGGCAUCGUGACGCGGCGCACCACCACCAACUCCAACACCUGCACCGGCAUCUCCACCGUCACGGGCUCCUUCAGGCGGCUCGAGGUGGACUGACUCCCGCACCUCCAGCGACACCAACCGCCGCCACUACCUCCAUAGCACAAAGACGGACACGACUGAAGUUCUCGCUCGGCUGGUCCGAGUUAGACAGAAUAUUGCACCUCGUUCAGCCACGACGACCAUGAGUAUGUUACGGCUGGGCAGGCAUGUUAACACUUAUUACUAUGACCAUUUCCUGUUUAUUAAAU